AGAGGAGGGGAAACACGUCCAGGAGCGCCUCCGUCGUCGGCUCCGCAUUUCUUCCGUUCGGGGAAAGAACAACAACAACAAAACAACAAAAAUCCCUCUCCGCAGCGUUGCUCGCUCUCGUCCGCUCGCUUCCCCGGCCAACCCGCAGCCGUCAGAGCCGCCUCGGCUGCAGGCACGUCCGAGGGCUGCUCCCGGGCAGAUAACGCGGAGAUGCCGCUGGCAGGAGAGACACCAGGCAGCACAUGGGCUGGGAAGAAGGAGCAGACAGAAAAGCCGCAUCCCCGCCUCCAAGGAUUUCCUACCGCAAAGAGGGGGAGAGGAGGGGGGCGAAAAAAAAGGAGGAAGCAACAAUUUUCCUGGGGGAGGGAGCUCGGGAGAGCCCGCGUGCCCGUCUCCUGCCGUCCACGCGAGUAUUUAUUGUUUUAAUAACCCCUGUUUGGAGUGGCUUAGGAGCGGGGGGACUCUCGGAGGUGGGGCAGUGCGGAGCAGGGGGGCGACGACCCUCGGCCCAGGCGAGCAGAGCUAUGAAGCAGGGACAGAGGCAGAGCGAGCUCGUUGAGGCAGGGCUGGGAUCUGAGCUCUCACAAAUAGCUCCCCGGCGGACUCGCCCCAGGUUCCUGCCCUGCCCUGGCCCUUCGCUGGGCUCCGAGGGGGAAGAGCCGGAGCUCCACGCCCGCCGGCCAUGAGCCACCUCUACGGCAGCCACCUCUCCCCCAUGGGCAGCCCGUCCAUGCUCUACCUCCCGGCCGCGCUGGGCUUCGCCCCCAGCGGCGCUCUCUCCAGACAGGACCCCCCGCAGAAACCCCCCUACAGCUACAUCGCCCUCAUCGCCAUGGCCAUCAAGGAGGCUCCGGAGCAGAAGGUGACCCUGAGCGGCAUCUACCAGUUCAUCAUGGACCGCUUCCCCUUCUACCACGACAACAAGCAGGGCUGGCAAAACAGCAUCCGCCACAACCUCUCCCUCAACGACUGCUUCGUCAAGGUGCCCCGGGAGAAGGGGAGGCCGGGCAAGGGCAGCUACUGGACCCUGGACCCUCGCUGCUUGGACAUGUUCGAGAACGGCAACUACCGACGGAGGAAGAGGAAGCCCAAAGCCGCGGGACCCCCGGAGGCUCGCAGCGGUGCCGUGCCCCCCGACGGCGGCCGCCCCGACGAGCCCAAGCGGGCCAAGGGGAGCGGAGCGGGGCACAGCCCGGCGGCGGACUCGGGCGACGAAGGGGCUCCGGGACCGGCUGCUGGUGGUGGUGGGGGAGAAGGGGUUGCCCCCGGGGGACCCCCCCGCUGCUCCUCCGCCGCCGCCCCCCGGGCUCCCGCCGCCUCCGGGGGGCCGCCAGCCGCCCCCCCGGCUCUCAAGAGCGGUCCUCGGGGUCGCAGCUUCAGCAUCGAGAGCAUCCUCGCCCAGGGGUUGCGGCAGCCCCCCCCUGGGGCCGCCCCCAAGGCCCGGGAGAGCCCCGUCGGUUGCCUCGGCGGCUCCCUGGUCGCCAGCGGGGGCUUCGGGCCGGCCCUCAACGCCUCCCUCAUGCUCGACUCCCAGGUGCACGGCAGGCUCUACCACAUCGGCAUCCCCUUCCUCUCCUGCUUCCCUCUCCACUUCUCCGAGGCCGUACUGAAUUUCCAGUAGGUGCCCCCCACCCCCUCGGCCCCCUCGUUGCUCGCUGGGGGGGAGAGCCCGGACUCGGACCUCGCCACGCGGGUAAAAGACCAAAAAACGCUCUUAGAGGUGACUCAGGAUUUUAGGGCAUUUUCAAGGCACGUCUCGCUGCGGAGAGCUCCUUAGGGAUUGCUUCUCCCCACCCCCCAGCCCCCCCCACCAGAUCGACUGCGCAAGGUAAAGCGGUUUUCUUUUCACCUCGGUGGCGGAGGCACAGAGAGGGGGCACUGGGGGGGUCCAAUGCUGGCCUCCACGCCCCACCGGCUUUGCUCUGCAGCUUUCACCUUUGCAUCCAUCACGUUUCUUAGACCUGCUUUCUGCCACCCCCCUCUGGUCUCCAGUCUUCUUUUUUUUUUUUUUCUUUUUUCUUUUUAUUUUUUUUUCCUUUUGAAAACCCAAACCACCCCUUUUAUUCUCAUGGAAGGAUGGAAGGGGGCUGAGAUUUGCAUUGCCAUGCGUACCCACGGGUGCCUGCUGCACACCAUCGCUCCUGAGAUCAGCCCAGCCUCCGAGUGGGUAAAAGGCAGGUAGCCAAGAGUAACCGGAGCUGAAACAAGGGCAGACAAAAUAAUCCAGGCUCAUUCUGCGCAGUCCUGCUUGCUUUGACUCAGCACUGUAUAUAACUCAUGGCGUUAAUGCAAGCUGUUUUCCUGCCCAGCACUUGUGUUUCUCGAGUAUCGCGAUAGUGAUGUCUCACUUCUGUCUCGCUCAUUUGGCCUUGGAGAGGGGGCACGGAUGAGCAAACACGUUUUGAACGUGGAGAAGCAGCCCGUUUCCCUGGGUGGCUGGGAUCGGUUGCUUCUGACCAAAAAAGACUGAAGCCGGGUUGUGGAGGCUGGUCUUGGCAUUUCGAAGGAGCUGUGUUAACAACCCGGACAAAUACCAGGAAAAAAAAACCUACAAACCAACAGAAACCAUCAACUACGUUUCUCAAAGUUUUCUUCUUUUCUUAAAGAAGGAAAAAUCAAGACUCUUUAGGAGCAAUCAGGAAUAUUUCUUAUUUUUUUUUUUUUUUGCCAUGAUAGAGGCUUUCUGUAUAUUAAUGGAUAAAUGCCCUUUUGGAAAAAAAAAAGUCUAUAUUCUCAAUUUUCAUUAUGAAACCAACCUAUAUCCAAUAAAAGCAUUUGGUCCAGGA